AUUAAACUAAUUGACGCUAAGAUGCAUACAAUCCCGGAAUUAGGUACAAGCGUGCCGGCGUUCCUUGCCAAGCUCUGGAAGCUGGUCGAGGAUCCUGAAACUGACGACCUUAUUUGUUGGUCACCCAAUGGAAGGAGUUUCUUCAUUAGGAACCAGGCACAAUUUGCAAGGGAAUUGUUGCCCCAUUAUUACAAACAUAAUAAUAUGGCCAGCUUUGUUAGACAGUUGAAUAUGUAUGGUUUUCACAAGAAGGUUUCUGUUGAACUUGGUGGUUUAAAAUGUGACAGAGAUGAAAUGGAAUUUGCACAUCAAUUUUUUUGUAAAGGACACCCAUAUCUUGUAGAACACAUUAAAAGAAAAAUUGCAUCCAGCAAAGGGCAGGAUCCAACACUUACUCCAAUUAAACCAGAAUUAAUGAACAAAAUGCUCAAUGAAGUAAGAAGUAUGAGGGGUCGUCAAGAACAUUUAGAUUCAAAACUUGGGGCCAUGAAAAGAGAGAAUGAAGCAUUAUGGAGAGAACUGGCAAUGCUUAGGCAAAAACAUCUGAAGCAGCAACAAAUUGUUAAUAAACUUAUACACUUUCUAGUUACUUUGGUACAGCCUUCAAGAGGUGGUGGUCUCUCUGUUAAGAGAAGAUAUCCACUAAUGAUCGAUGACUCGAGCCGUCAGCGUAGCAAACAAGCCAAAUUAUCAAAGCCGCAAGCGUCGCCUGUAGGGCCUGUGAUUCACGAACUCGAUGCAUCAGAACCAGAUUUGGAUUCGGAAUAUAUCGUUGCAGAAAUGCUAGAAGGGCAUCAAAAUCCAUCUAUUGAAAGUCCAGAUCAUAAUAAUACCACAAUAAUGGAAGACACCAAUAUGGAAACAGUUCACCUAGUUGAUGAUUCUAUUCAAUUACAAGAUGAUAUACAACUUGUUAAUCCACAAGAGGUCGAUCCAAAGAAGAAACGUGGGUGCAAGGGUAAAAAGAAGGAAGAAACACAUUUGCUUGAAAUGCCAUUAGAAGAUUCAGCAGUGACGAUCGCUUUGUUGGAAAAUAAAAAAGUUUCUAAGCCAAUACCUGUGGCGACUGUGCGUAGCUCAAAACUUGCUGCCAUGGCGGCUAAUAUGAAUAAAACACCUGAAUCAGAGCAAGAGCUCGAUCUGGACACAGUCACAAGCCUGGAGGAAGAUACUCAAGAGAACGAUUCGCCCUUGGUGAAGCUCGAGGACAUUUUAAUUGUACCAGAAAUGAUGAACGCGGAGAUGGAAGGCAACGAGAACGUCGAGAAUAUGGGAAAUAAUGGCAAUACUGGUUCCAACGGGAAUGAUAAUAUCUUUGAUCAACUUAACAAAGCAGAUUGUAACACUGAACAGGAUAACGAUCGAGUUUCUCAAACAAACGGUGCUGAGAAAUGUACGGAACAAGAGAAAGUCAACUGCAGUGGAACAGACACAAGCAAUUCAAAAAACUUAUCUUUGAGCUGCGUGAUAUCCUCUGGCAUGCCUGAAGCUGCUUACAGGUUAGGAUCAAUGGAGGAAAUGGAUAAUCACCUCGAAUCAAUGCAGACAGAAUUGGACAACCUCCGUGAUAUUCUACGCGGCGAGGGUUACAGUAUCGAUGCAAAUACACUACUUGGUUUAUUCGGAGCAGAUGACCCAAUGUCAUUUGGUAUGCCUCUUAAUCCAGAACUGAAUCCACAUUCGGAGAAAGAAGAGGAUGAUCAUGCUAAUGUUGCAGAAAAUAUUAACGGAACGGGUAGUGGAGGUGAACUUAUGGCAUACAAUCCUACACCAAACUUAUUAGAUUUCGACGAUGACAUAUUCUUGGGUGCUACGUCUCCUGCAACUAACACAUCAGGUGAUACAGCUAUGAGCAGUCUUUAUACAUCGGAUCCUCUCGAUUUGGAAGAUAACAAAACAUCACUCCUCGAAUCCUUAACAAACGAUGUAAACUCUUCAUCAUAAAGUCUCAUUCCUAUGGUUCAGAUCACUGUUGCGUCCAAUGCUUUGGUUUCAGUAUGUUUUAUUCUCGAUGGAUCAUCACGAGCAUGCUCUCUGUCUCUGUCGCUCUCGGUGUAUUUCGAUGACCAAAUAAGCAACGAGCUUGUAAUGUGCAGACAAAAGUACCUAUACCUGAGGAGAAUGCGGUCUCGAUGUAUGCGAUCGAUCAAAAUGAUCCUGUCGAUUAUAUGGAGGACAAUAAUCACUAAAAACAAAAAAAGAAAAAAAAACAAAAAAAAAAAAGCUAC